UCACACGUGUUUCUGUCAGGGCGUUAAAGAGCGAGGCAAACACUCACACGGGAAGCAGCAUGGACCGAGAAGGACGACGCUCAUGACAGCUGCCUAAAAGCUGAGAAAACCUCUUCAUAUUAGGAUUAUGGCGGAUUCCAGUGGUCCACAGAAAAACUGGUACUCAAUACUAGGUGCCUGUCCAACAGAUGGCAUACAAGAACUGAAACAGAAGUAUCAGAAGCUCAUCCUCAUGUUUCACCCAGACAAGCAGAGGCUGGACAUAUCAGAAGGUGAAGCAGAGCAGCACAUUCAACGAUUCAUCGAUGUCGACCAGGCUUGGAAGAUCUUGAGUAAUGAGGAGAGCCGGAAGGAGUACGACCUCCAGCUACGGGCACUUGAACUGAAACAGAGCUGGCCAGUGGACGCUCGUAUAACCCUUAACGAAAUGAACUGGGAUUGUGACACUAAGUGUUAUACGUACAGCUGCCGCUGUGGAGGAGAAUUCAUCUUAGAGAAGGACGACCUACAAGAAAUGGAAACGAUUGUGUGCUGCGAUUCCUGUUCACUCAGCAUUGAAGUUAAGAAGGUUACAUGACACUUGGAUACAUUCAGCAAGUUUUUAUUGGACUAUUAUUUAGCGCUUUUAAAAUGGGACAUUUUCUAUGGACACAUGGUAGAUUUUUAACAGAAAGUCAACCUCAUUCAUAACUGAUUAUUUCUUAAUGGUCUCCACAUAGAUCCUCAACGCGACCACACUGUAAAAACCUUCCCAUUAUCCAUUAUUUUUCUUGGGUGAGCACGCAACAUUUUCAUUCACACGUACCUUUUCAGCAAGUGCAUCACCAAAUAACCAGAACUGGUUUCAAGAAAUGGGUCACACCAGACUCUCACUGUCUCAAAAAGCCCUUUGGUUAUUUCCUCUAGCUAGACGUGCUCUUUUACAUACCAGACGCUUACCAAAAGGGAAGCCCCCUUAGCCCCCUCCUUUCUCCCCUGUGUUUGAGAGGACCAGGCGGCUCAGUAACCUCUUAGCUCUUGUCAACUUUGUUUGGAUGUAAAUAAAUGCAUUUUUUUUCCUCCGA